UGACGUCAUCGAAAUCUUUGCUUUGUGACGUCAUAGAUUAAAGUCCUUGACGAUUUGUCUGGGAAACGGUGUUCAGCUUAACUUUCCUGGUUUAUUUCCACGCUAAAAAUGUUUGUUUAGAGCCGUAGUUGGUUACCGGCAGGGUAAAGAUCGGGACCCAGGCCUCGGCGUAGUCAUGGCGAUGGCAGAAGAGAAUUGCUACGGCCCAACUGCCGAAACUGAUAAUGCUAUUCUUUUAGAGGAACUUGACAAACUUAAGAACGAAGUGGAGCGAAUAAAACCAAUGAGUAAGCUUCUCGGACAGACUGAAGAAGGCACCCGGAAACUCACAUACCGUGCUGUUUUGGCCCAAAGAGGAUUCCUAGUGAAGAAGACGCUUGGUUCUGGUAGUUACUCCACCGUAAAAUUGGCUUUUAGUCUUCACCGCCAGGAAAAGCGUGUAGCUGUGAAAGUCCUCAAUCAGAAAGCCGCCCCUAAAGACUAUUUAUUAAGAUUUCUUCCAAAAGAGAAGACCGUAUGGCCUAGAUUGGACCAUCCGCACAUUAUCAAGAUCUUUGAGAUGUUUGAGGACACGUCCCGAACGUAUUUCGUACUUGAAUACGCUGCACGUGGAGACUUACUGCGCUAUGUCCAGAAAUAUGGUCCUUUGCACGAAGUGUUAGCACGUCACUGGUUCGAACAAGCAUGUAAAGCCGUCGAGUACCUUCACUCCAAAGCUAUUGCACAUCGAGACCUAAAGCUCGAGAAUAUAUUAUUGGACUCAAAGUAUAGUGUUAAAAUCGGCGACCUUGGCUUUGUGAAGGACAAUCUCGGAACUUACCACCUAAGUAAAACGUUUUGUGGAUCUAAGUCUUACGUCGCUCCAGAGAUACUGAAAGGGCGACCGUACGAGCCUCGGAAGUCAGACGUGUGGGCUAUGGGAGCCGUCCUUUUCAUCAUGGUCACGGGUACCAUGCCAUUUGACGAAGCACGCGGGAACAGGGCCAUGUUAGCGGAACACAAGAGGCUGGAGUUCUCUUGGAAGGGUGCAACGAAAAAGUGCCGCGAACUUAUUCUGUAUCUUUUCACGUACCUGUUCGAAGAUCGUCCGCCGAUCUCCGCAGUAAAAAGUCAACCGUGGAUGAGCAUGACAGACGCGGAGCUCGAGGAGAUUGCGCCGAAACCUAAACGGAAGAAAGAGAGUGCUGAGGCGCCUGUAGAGACUUCUGGAUGACAUCCAACAGUACAAUGCAGCAGUGUAUUCGGGCGGGAGUUUUUCUAUAAAACAAUAAUUGUUUUAUUCUGUAUCAUAGCGUUCUAUAUAUUAGAUACGCUUGACUGAUUUGAUAUAUAAAAUGUAAUAUUCUACGCUUUAAACUCAUAUUUAUAUCGGUUUUCAUACAAGAAAAUAGCUAAAGUUUGCACCGUGAAUAUCAGAAGUCGUUUUUUAAAUCCAUAU